GAUGCUGCAUGGAUCACUUGAUAGUUGUCCAACAACCUACAAGCAUGCGUGCUUUAUGGUAUUUCAUCCUUGGCCUCUUCACCCAGGCACAGUCCAGCACAUUGCGAUUGACUGGAACCGUUGGGGAAAACGUCACCUUGCCGUGUCGAUACGUCAAACAACCUGGCGUGGAGUUGGAUUUCUGUUGGGGGCGAGGACCGGUGCCCACUUUCAAGUGCUCCAACGCCAUCCUCUCGUUCGUGAAUGGAGACGUGUCAUUCCUCAGCGACCAUAGUUACCGACUGCUGGGCAGGGUGAGCGUCGGAGACAUGUCUCUGACCAUCAUCGACGCCCAGAUGAGUCACGCCGGCGCGUACGGCUGCAGGGUCGAGCUCCCAGGAUGGUUUAAUGACUACAAGGUCAACAUGGAGCUGCUCAUGGAGGAAGCUCCCACAGCUACAGAAGACUAUCCCUGUGAUCUAGAAGACGAUCUAUCGACUGAGGUCACUAUUGUGGAAGUAUCGUCGAAUGCUGUCAUCUCCUUUGAGCGUUUUAAAUCCUUGCUGCAAGACGGAAACAUUGGCAGGGUUGCAGCUAUUUUCUUUCUCUCCUCCAUCAUAAUCCUGGUGCUUAUCUUUCGCAAAAGGUUCCAGGGGACGCUGCCACUUGAAGGUCUGGACGCACCAUCGGUGGAGAAUAUCUACCAAAACAGCCUGAUGAGCGACAAUGGCUAUGAGUCGGCAAAUAUUUGAACUGUAUUGUAUGUACUGCAUGCACGUGAGAGAGGCAGGUUUGCUCAUGGCUCUAAGACGCGAUGAGAUUGUGCCAACUGUGAGAACGCAGUGCCUCUUAGUGGACUGAAAGCUUCAUUGCUUCCUCUUCAGGAUGAGUUAUUAAAGGCAGUUGCAAGGGUGGAGGGAGCAUCUUGAGCAGCAGGAUGAGAGAGAUGAGACAUGAGAGAUCUGUGUCAUAUCAUAUGGUGUUUGAAAAGGCAAUAUUAAAAACACAUUCAUAAAUCAAGUAAAGUGCAAGAAAGAGAGAAAAAAGUAAUAAAAAUAAUAUUGGACUGUAUUCCAAAUUAUAACAUGAUUAAAGCGGUAAAAUUUGUAUUGUUUGAUCUGAAUAUUAAGUUGAAAAAAUGAUCAUUUGUUCAGUUGCGGUGACCUUUUUAACAUGCCUCCUGGACUGCUCUGGUGAGGGGUUGACUCCAACUGGGAGGAGAACCUCUAGAGGACGUACCUUUGCUCCAGCUGCUGCCCCGCUGACCUGACCUCUGACAGGUGGUGGAAGCUAGAUGGAUGGACUAGUCCUCAAAAGUGUUGGUACAGUGAACCUCACAUGCCAGUAUUAUACACGACAGCAGUGAAGGAAAUCACAUGCACAUCCGUUCAACCACCUCCUGUGGCAGCUGACAGCCAUACGAUGAUUCCCAGAUCCUCACUUCCGCAUACAAUAAAAACAAACAAACACUUCUUAUUUAGUUCACUCGUCUCAAACGUAUUUAACAAUGUGAAGAUACAUUGAACAUCUGAAGAUGACAACAAGACUUUUAAGCUUUGGCAGAGAAAAUCACAAUAAAGGAGUAACUUGGAGUGAUAAUAGAAAGUCAUUGUGUGGAAUCACGAACCCUCACUUCAUAUUUUACUCUUGUUUACUUGAGGUACUGUUGUGUAA